AGUCAUCUUGAGCGAGAACGAGAGAGAGAGAGACGGGAGUCCCGGCCGGCGCAGCUGUCCCUAGCAUUCCUGACGUGUCAUCGGUCCACAGAUUGGAGAAUUAAAAGGGACUAGAGACUGUGCGGCCAUUCUGACAUUUUCCUUAGGUUGCUGACUUAGUUUGCUUCACUCUUCUUCCUUCGGAGACUUCUGCAUUACAUCUAUCCGACCAGUCUUGGGCCAGAGGCCCCCAAUAUGGCGGACCAGUAUAACACCAAUGAGGAGAAAAUUCUGAAAGAUAGUCACACCAAGGAGAUUGAUUUGAUCAACAGGGACCCUAAGCAGAUCAAUGAAGAUGUUGUCAAGGUGGAUUUUGAGGAUGUGAUAGCCGAGCCCGACGGCACCCACAGUAUGGAUGGAGUGUGGAAGGCCAGCUACACCACCUUCACCGUCUCCAAGUACUGGUGCUACCGUGUGCUGUCGGCCAUCUUUGGCAUCCCAGUGGCGCUGCUGUGGGGUUUCUGUUUUGCCUGCAUCUCCUUCUGUCACAUCUGGGCAGUCAUGCCCUGCAUUAAGAGCUAUCUGAUCGAGACCCAGUGCCUGAGUCGAAUCUACUCUCUCUGCAUCCAUACCUUCUGUGACCCCUUGUUUGAAGCUCUAGGGAAAAUUUUCAGCAGCGUACGGGUGGCAUUACGCAAAGAGGUUUAGUUUUCAAAUACAAAGUUUUCAAUGAUCAGUCCUUGGAGGAAAAAUGUUUUAUUUGACAAAUACUUAAUUUUGGAGUGUGGAUUUUGAAGUCACUAAAAAUGAAAAGACUACAUGAAUAAUAGAAUGCAUAUAUCCCCUGGAUGGUUUAUCCUAUGCAUUUUUUUUUUCUCAGUUAAUGUUAGAGGCUUUGGGAGCAGUUCAGGAUUAGGCCACCUGUUUGUUCAAAGAGACAUAUGAUGAAAAGCCUCUCCGACUGACAAUGGAGAAUAAGUCUUAUCUGAUAUCAUAGGGUUUCUAUCUUUAAGUAUGACAGAUUUAAAAUGGGAUGUUGCGGAGUAAGGUAUUUUUAUUAUGACAAUGUCAGAUAUAUUCUGUACAACUACAAAUAAAACAUUUAAUUGUAAACACAAAUAAAUGUUGUUUUGAGUUAGUGAUGAAGUUCACGCGAGCCAUUUUAUUUUUUUUAUACAUUUAGACAGUUGGGGUAAAUGUCCUCUAAAAAGUUCGUUAUAGGUUCCAAAACUUAACAUAUGGCCUAGAAGUGUGGGGUUUAAAAUGAGGGUAAACAGUUUUCUGCUGUUUUUGUUGUUUGCCCCCAAAUCUGACACUCAAUAAGACAUUGGAAAUAAGUUUUACCUUUAAACUGAUUUCAUGAAUUCACAAUUAAAUAUUUUUCAUUCAUUUUUUCAUUUUUAUGUUUUUCUAAAACCCACUUUUCCCUUAAUAAAUACCAAAUGGUUCAGCUGUCAAAAAUAUUA